ACUAAUAUCAUUGAAUAUGACUCUAAUGAAAAAAAAAUUCACAAUCCACUGAUUUCAAAUAAUUAUUAAUUAAAAAAAUUGUAAAAAUAUUUUAAAAUUUAUCAAUAAAAACAGUAAGGCUAUAAAUAUCGAAGGGCAGAAGAAAAACGGCUGCCUAUAUUUUUUACCGCUUAAACUAUUAUCGAAUCGUCUUUUUUUUCCUUUUGAGAAAAAGUUUGACUUUUCGCAUUAUAGAGCCGUAGUCUAACACACCAAGCUUCGGAAUGGAAUUUUACCUUCUCACAAUUUUGUUUCCAAAUUUGUCCUCGUCUCCAUCCCUGCCCUCCGGUGCUCCGCCUGUACGCCACUAACGGCGUCAUUUUCUCUCGCAGUUUGUGACUGAUCAUUUGUGGCUAUUCAUGUAAUUUCUGAGACUGUAAGGGUUUUCAACCCAUCGCCCAUCGGAGCACCACUUGGUUGGUUCCCUUUUUGGGGAAAUUCUGCAAUUUGUGAAAAAAUUCCCUCUUCGCGCUCUUUCUGCUCUCUCCGUCCCUGCCUCUUCCUUGGCUCCCUUUCUGUGAAACCCUAGCUUUACUGGAAUACACAGUUCGCUGGUUUCUCUAAUGGCGCCGGAGGGACAGUUAGAAGCAAUUAAGGGUGCAAAAGUCUUGAUGGUUGGUGCUGGAGGCAUCGGUUGUGAGCUUCUUAAGACGGUUGCUCUCUCGGGAUUCCGAGAUAUUCAUAUAAUUGAUAUGGACACCAUCGAAGUGAGUAACUUGAACCGACAGUUUCUGUUCCGCAAAUGGCAUGUGGGUCAGUCCAAGGCUAAAGUCGCGAGAGAAGCGGUUUUGAAAUUCAAGCCUGACAUAAGUAUUACAGCAUAUCAUGCUAAUGUCAAGGAUCCAGAGUUCAAUGUGGAUUUCUUCAAGCAGUUUAAUGUAGUUUUGAAUGGUCUAGACAACUUAGAUGCUCGUCGACAUGUUAACCGACUCUGUUUGGCUGCUGAUAUCCCUUUGGUUGAAAGUGGAACAACGGGGUUUCUAGGACAGGUCACUGUUCAUGUGAAGGGGAGAACAGAGUGCUAUGAAUGCCAACCAAAACCUACCCCAAAAUCCUAUCCUGUUUGCACGAUCACUAGCACUCCAUCAAAGUUUGUGCACUGUAUUGUAUGGGCAAAAGAUCUGCUGUUUGCGAAGCUUUUUGGGGACAAAAACCAAGACAAUGAUCUUAACAUACACUCUACCGAUGCUACGAACCCAUCAAAUAAUGUUGAAGACGUAUUUGAAUACAAAGCAGAUGAAGAUUCUGACCAAUAUGGUCGGAGAAUAUAUGAUCAUGUCUUUGGGUAUAAUAUUGAUCUGGCUCUUGCUAAUGAGGAGACUUGGAAAAAUAGGAGAAAGCCAACUCCACUGUAUCUCAAGGAUGUUAUGCCAAAACAGCUUGCUAAAGAGAAUGGGAAGUUGGACAAACAAAAACUUGCCGAUUCUGUAGCUGUCUCUGCAAUGUCUUCCUUGGGAUUGAAGAACCCACAGGAUAUUUGGAACCUUGAAGAGAAUACUAAAAUCUUCCUGGAGGCCAUGAAGCUGUUCAUUGAGGGAAGAGAGAAGGAUAUUGGGAAUUUGACUUUUGAUAAGGAUGACCAAUUAUCUGUAGAAUUCGUUACGGCUGCCGCAAAUAUAAGGGCUUCUUCUUUUGGAAUCCCAAUGCACAGUCUUUUUGAGGCAAAAGGAAUUGCUGGUAAUAUUGUGCAUGCAAUUGCAACAACAAAUGCUAUUAUUGCUGGACUAAUAGUCCUUGAAGCUAUCAAAGUGCUCCAGAAUGAUGCAGAAAACUAUAGAAUGACUUAUUGCUUGGAACAUCCAUCAAGGAAGAUGCUUCUAAUGCCAGUUGAGCCAUUUGAGCCUAACAAAUCUUGCUAUGUGUGUUCUGAGAAUCCUUUGUCGCUCGAGGUCAAUACUUUAACUACAAAGCUUAAGGAUGUCGUAGAGAAAAUUGUGAGAAGCAAACUUGGAAUGAAUUCACCAAUGAUAAUGCUUGGUGCAUCCCUUAUUUUUGAAGUUGGUGAUGAUCUUGAUGAAGAUGAGGCUGCUAAUUAUGCUUCAAACCUUGAAAAGGUCUUGGCUAAACUUCCAACUCCAGUAACUAGUGGCACAAUGCUCAAAGUUGAGGAUCUUCAACAAGAAUUGUCAUGCAACAUCAAUAUCAAGCACAGGGAUGAAUUUGAUGAGGAGAAGGAACCUGACGGGAUGGUUCUCUCCGGAUGGAUACAACCAAGCGAGCGGCAAACCCAGACCACCAACAAUGGAGAAGCGACAUCAAAUGCUCCAGCAAGCACAUCAUCUCCUGAUGAUUCUGAUGACCUUGAAAUACUCGAUACUGAGCCAAUUACACUCAGCGGUAAUAAGAGAAAGGUGGCUGAAAUAUCAAUGACAGGAGACUCUGGUCCUUUCAAGAAGUCGUCUGCUACAACUAACUCAAUUGUUGUUGAUAUCGAAAAUGAGAAUGGGCAGCCUGCUUUAGAUGCUGCCGAUGAUGAUGUAGUCGUUAUGGUUCAUGACGAGUCUGUCCAUAGAAAGAAGGCAAGGUCACAAUAGUUUCUUACUACAUUCCUGGUUGUGGGCGCUGCCCACUAUUUUUUGUAAUAUGCCUGUAAAAUCUAGUUCUUAUUCACAGAGAGAGAAAGAGAGAGAGAGAGAGAGAGAGAGAGAUUCCGUUAAACCUGUACCAUAGUUGACAAGAUGCUGAUUUUGUUGUCAAUUUAUUUUCUUGGAAUGGCGGAUGCCAUAGUAACUUAAUUCUCAUUGUAUCUGUUAGCGCCACAAAUGGCUUUAGUGGGGACUUGUAACCAGGAUGGAAUGUAAUCCCUUAUUUUGAUCAAAUACUUCCUGACGUUAUAUAGAAAUGCCUUAACUUUUCUCUGUGGCA